AUGGCACAGACCUGUUGCGGUUGUUAUCGUCCUCAUCGUUCUUCUCCCGUUCUGUCUCGCGUUCAGCCGAUAAAGGAGAAGACAACAAAGAAGAACAACGGGAUUUUGGGGAGAAAUGCGCAGCCGUCACGGAUAACAAAACGAGGCGAAAUGCAGAAAAGGAACGCGGCACCGCCUUCGGAAGGCGGGCCGAAGAAACCUCCGGCGAGCAGAGAGGAGAUGAUUGACUUUUUACGGAGCGGGUGCAAACCGAAAGAGAAUUGGAGAAUUGGAACCGAACACGAAAAGUUUGGCUUUUCGUUGACCGAUAACAGCCGGAUGCCGUACGCGGUUAUCGAUUACGUGUUGAGCGGGUUAGUCGAGAGAUACGGGUGGGCUCCGUUGAACGAGAAGUGUCCAAUAAUUGGUUCGUGCACGAAUGCGGAUGGGACCGUGCGAACGGUGAAUAUCAUCGGCGCGACGAAGAAUGGAAUGAACGUGACUUUGGAACCGGGAGGACAGUUUGAGCUUUCCGGAGCGCCGUUGGAUACGUUGCACGAAACCGUAGAGGAGACGAGAGCGCACAUUAAGCAAGUGUGCGAACUCGCUGCGGAGAAAGGGUACGGGUUUUCCGGAAUUGGAUUCGACCCGAAACAUUCCGUGGAGGAAGUGCCGAUGAUGCCGAAAGGGAGAUAUAACAUCAUGAAGAACUACAUGCCUAAAGUCGGGACGACUGGGUUGGAUAUGAUGUUUCGCACGUGCACGAUUCAAGUCAACGUGGAUUUCUCGAGCGAGGCGGAUAUGGUGAAGAAAUUUCAAACGUCAUUGGCGUUGCAACCGCUAGCUACGGCGUUGUUCGCGAACUCGCCGUUUAAAGAUGGUAAAGAUUGCAACAUGUGUUCGUUGCGAUCGGACGUGUGGAAAGAUACGGAUAACGACAGGUGUGGGACGUUACAGUGGGCGUUUGACGACGAUUUUGGGUUUGAGAAGUAUGCCGAGUACAUGAUGGACGUGCCGAUGUAUUUCAUAUAUAGAAAUGGAGGGUAUAUUGAUGUUACCGGUUUAUCUUUCCGCGAUUUCAUGGCUGGGACUUUGAAAAUUUUACCAGGUGAAAAGCCGACGAUUGAUGAUUGGGAGCAACACUUAACGACGAGUUUCCCGGAAGUGCGAUUGAAAAAGUACAUGGAAAUGCGAGGUGCUGAUGGUGGAAGUGAGGAAAUGAUCACCGCGUUGAGCGCGUUUUGGGUUGGGAUUUUAUACGACGAGAAGAGUUUGGACGACGCUUGGUCUAUUUGUAAAAAUUGGACGAGCGAGGAGCGAGAAUGGUUGCGGAACGACGUCACCGCAAACGGGUUACGGUCGACGUUUGAAGGCGGGAUGACGUGUUUAGAUUUGUGUAAAAAGUGCGUGCAGUUCGCGGAGGAUGGGUUAAAGAACCGGAAUUUGGGCGAGGAAAAGUACCUAGCGCCGUUGUGGAACAUCGUAAACACUGGAAAAUCGCAGGCGGAUAUCUUGCGCGAGAAGUUACACAGCGAGUGGAACGGAGACGCGACGAUGGCGUUCAAAGCGACGCAAUAUAAAGUAUGA